CAAAAACCCAAAACCUGUGAUAUUUGUUUAAUACAAAAAGAUGGGUUUCAAACUCAUCUCUCUCCUCCUUCUUUUUCUUCCACUUCUAAUAGUCACAAUCUUGUCGGGAGCCGAGCAGGCCUUUGCUUCCGACAAAACACUCCUCGUGACUGGCCGCAACAGCACGGCUGACGGUGGAAGGUCGUCACUGAGAGGGAAGAAGCAGAGGAGAGCAUCAGGAUGUAACUUGUUCCAAGGCCGAUGGGUAUUCGAUGCUUCUUACCCUUUCUAUGAUUCGUCUACGUGUCCUUUCAUCGACGGCGAGUUUGAUUGUCUCAAGUUCGGCCGACCAGACAAACAGUUCCUCAAGUACUCUUGGCAACCUGAAUCUUGCACCAUCCCAAGGUUCAACGGUGGGGAGUUUCUGAGGAAAUACAGAGGAAAACGAGUCAUGUUCGUCGGAGACUCACUGAGUUUAAACAUGUGGGAAUCGUUGGCUUGUAUGAUACAUGCGUCGGUACCAAACGCCAAGACCACUUUUCUCAAGCGUACCCCACUCUCUACUCUCACUUUCCAGGAAUAUGGAGUAACGUUACACCUAUAUAGAACGCCAUACAUAGUGGAUAUAUCCAAAGAGAGAGUAGGGCGUGUGCUUAACCUUGGAGCUGUUGAAGGAGGUGCUGAUGCUUGGAAAAACAUGGACGUUCUUGUCUUCAACUCUUGGCAUUGGUGGACUCAUAAAGGCCAAUCUCAAGGGUGGGAUUAUAUUAGAGAUGGGUCAUCUUUGGUGAGAGACAUGAACCGUCUUGAUGCUUUCUACAAAGGACUCAGUACAUGGGCUCGAUGGGUUGAUCAAAACGUCGAUACUACUAAAACUCGAGUUUUCUUCCAAGGCAUUUCUCCCACUCAUUACGAGGGAAGGGAAUGGAACGAGCCAAGGAAGAGUUGUAGUGGGCAAAUGCAGCCGUUGGGUGGAUCAAGUUACCCAAGUGGUCAGCCUCCAUCAGCGGGAGUUGUGUCCAAAGUGUUGAAUUCGAUGAAAAAGCCAGUGACCUUGCUCGAUAUCACCACUUUGUCCCAGUUGAGAAAAGAUGCUCAUCCUUCUUCUUAUGGUGGCGAUGGAGGAACAGAUUGUAGCCAUUGGUGCCUCCCCGGGUUGCCUGAUACAUGGAACCAACUCCUCUACGCAGCCCUUACGAUGUGAAGUAUAAGAAUCACAACUAUAAAGAAAGUGCAUAACA